AUGUGGGUCCCGCGCAGAUCAUAUCUCCAUCCGUUCCGUGUGCUUGAUUCUGUCCCAGCCUUUUGGAAACAUUCCCAGCUACACUCGGACAACAGCAAGACUAUCGUUUUAUGGAAGAUGAGAAUUCGUGAAGCCUCAGGCAGCAAGGCUACUGGAAGACCAGACCAGGACAACCCUCGGCCACACGAUAGUGGGGAACUUGUGGUUCUCCGGAAGGCUAAUUGGACACGGGUAUUUGGCGGUUUGAAACUGCGACCCCUCGAGCCUUCUGAUUCAGAUUUUCUGCCAUCAAGGCUUGUUAUUAUUGUCUCGUGUGUACAUACUGAACAAAGCAGGGAAACAUUAAAUAGCCUGUUGAUAUUAUGA